GAAACGCCCCAGAAUGAUGCAGUGUAUGGCACAAUGACUGACAAGGCAACAUCUAGUGUCAUUGGCAAAGGAGCUAUCACAAAUGCCAACUUAUCUGCCCAAGAUUUGUAUCGCAGGGGUGUCAUUCAUGACAUUUCCAAUGCCGAGGAAUCACCCGCCAAGAUGAGCGUUCACGACACAGUGGCACAGAGCACUCCUCGUGAAGAUGUGAUUUAUGACACAGUUGCUCCACAAGAAACCUCUUCCAAGAACAACGGCACAUCUCCAGAACUCUACAAAGAUUCAUUUCCCAAAGACGGUGUUUACGAUACAGUUGCUGCUAAGGGAUAUGGAGCAUAUAGCAAAGAGGCGAUCUAUGACACGGUUGCUGAAUGUGCACAUCCAUUUGAACUCAUGCAAAUUAUUGCUGCCCGCGCUUACUAUUUUUGGGAGCACCACGUACUUACGGAUAUACUAGUCUUAUUUCUGAUUUCUAUAGCAGGAUGUGGUCAAAAGUAA